GCAAAGACAUCCAACUCUGACUACGACCCCUCACAGCGCAGGCCGCAAGACAGUGGUGACUGGUGACGACUCCUGUCAAAAUAACUUUCCACUCUUCACUAACAGUAAUUCAAACCAGCCAUAAUGUGGUGACAGCAAGCAAACAGCCGUGAUGCAGCACUAGCCUGGGCCAGAAUAUUGCGGGAGGGUCAGGAUGAGGGCAGGGAGUGGCGAGAGAGGAGGAUGGACUUCAGUAAGCAGGUCCGUGUGUGUCAGUGCUUCAGAGGAGAGAGUGAGGCAUCAGGUGGAGAAGAAGAGUCUGAAGGUCGGUACUUUUCAACUGAAUGUUUCCCUCUGCAACUUGUGAGUACUUUGAGACCUUGUUACCUGCUGGAGAGAUAUGGAUGGGCAAUGGCUCACUCAUCCUUACCUGUAUUGUUCUGAUUGAACUCUCAUCUAGCAGUUGAGUGGCACACAAGAGCAGCUGGUCAUGGUGUUAUGCUUCAUUGUAUCAGAUUUACAAGAUGACCAUUUACUUCUUUGUCCUCUCACCUGUAAGACCUUGAAAAUAUUUCCUGUGUUGUGGUGUGUGCGUGUUGAUUGUUGUGUCAGGCAACAGAUUGUGUGUGCGUGUGUGUGUGUGUAAGUGUAGGUGGACGCCAGGAUGGAUGGGAGCAGGAGGUUUGUGUGUGACGAGUGUGGGGAGAUCCUGAACAGCAGCAGCAGGCAUGUGCAGCACUCCCUGUCACACCGAGGAGUAACUGUGUUCUGCUGUGAAAAGUGUGAGGAAGUGUUCCUGAGUGAGAGUAAGCUGAACCAACACUUGGACGAGCACAAUUCUAAUAAGAGAUUUGAAUGUGAAGUAUGUGGAAAACGGUUCCACAAAUCAGUAGAUGUGAGAGCGCAUACAUUAGACCAUUAUGGGGUAAAGGAAUUUAAAUGUAAAGAGUGUGGGAAAGAGUUUGGUACCAGGAAGAAUCUUGUUCAACACAGCAAGAUCCACUCUGAUGUGAAGGAAUAUCAGUGUUUCAGGUGUGGCAGUGAGUUCAGAUGGAAGGGUCACCUCACACAACACAUGAAGAGAGUCCACAACCUAGAGAAAAGUUUCUUCUGUGACAAGUGUGGUGGAGGUUUCUUCAGAAAGAAGUGCCUAAUUAAACACAAAUUUGUAUGCUGUUUUAGAAAGAGAGAACAGAAUUGCAGUGGUGAUGAUAUAAAGUUUACAUCAAAGAACCAACUAGAAGCAACAAAGAAUCCCACGAAGGCGGAGCUGUAUGUGUGUGAGCAGUGCGACAAAGUCUUCACCCACAAGAGUCACCUCACUCUGCAUGUCAACAAGCGGCAUCAGGGAAUGAGCAAGCACACCUGUCCUGAGUGUGGCAGGUCCUUCAGCCAGCGGGACCAUCUCAACGUGCACAUGAAUUCCUGCACCAAAUAGUGGAGGCUGGCAGCUGUUGGUGUGUUGUGGGACAUGCGGCAGCAGACUAGGGCUGUUUCACCACUGCCAGGUGAGAUGGUGGUGUGGGCCGUGCCAGCUUAGCACAUCCACCACCUUGGUGAUGGAUGGAAGAGAGGUCAAGCAGACAGACAUACUCUGUAUUGCUAAAGGAACAUGUGUAGAUAUGCCAUGUCCAUUCAUUCCCAGCUUGCUACAGGAGCCUUGAGUUGCUGUUGCACCCUUGUUCCUGAUUGGAUAGUGCCUCUUCUAACCUCAUCACUGAUUGGCCCUUAGCUCAGUGACUCUGUCUCCCACUUAGCACCGAUGCUGGACUUUCCACACUACAGGUUAUGCUUUUAUUGAUAUUGAACAGAAUGAUGAUACAGUAAUCUUCAGUAUGAAAAGAUUUGAGGUAAGGGUGUAAUUGAAAAUUAUUAAAUCCAAUUAUAUUCUGCGCUGCUUAUUUACAUAAUAAUGUAAGUCAAAUCUGUGAUAUGUGAUGGUGGAAAUUCUCAAGAACAUGAUGAUGUAAGGUUUCCGUUAAAGUGGAAAGGAAGGCUGGUAAACAUUUUUUUAAUCUCAAGCUGCUGGUGUAACAAUGCCAGUUGUGUGUGUAUGUCCUGACAUUGCCAAGAUGCUGUCUGUCAUCUUGUGUCUGCAGCUUGGAAUAAAAUGUUGCUUGCUGCCUUUUUCUGCCUUUCUUGAAUCUACUAACACCAUUAUGUUUGAAAAAGAAACCUGGGGCCGUAUUCUACAAACUGUUAUAGCGAGAUAAAAUGGUGUAUUUUAAAUGCAAGUCCAUGUAUGAUGUAGUCAUAAGUGGUAAGACAGGGUUAAACCUGUUAUAGCACAGCCAAUGACCAUCUUAACUCUUGUCAGCAUUGUGGAAAUGUGGCUGUGUAUACCAUAACACAAUCCCCAACAGUUUUUAUUAUUAAUUUAAUGAUAAAUAUCAAUAAUGAUGAAUAAUUAUGUCUGUCUUUGAUGCAGUAAUGUAUUAUUAUAAAUAACUGCCAGGAGGGGUAUGAUCAAACAAAUCUUGCCCCACAUGGCCCA